AUGGCAGAUUUUUUGGUAGAAGUAGCAGGGGAUCCGACCGAAGACACGAGCACACGGUGGAAGCUCCAUGUUGACGGAGCCUCCAACCAAGCGUUCGGGGGCGCCGGGAUCAUCUUGGAGAGCCCAGCCGGGGUCGUGUACGAACAGUCAAUCAAGUUCGAGUUCCCCGUCUCAAAUAACCAAGCAGAAUAUGAAGCCCUUAUAGGAGGACUGGCCUUGGCAACAGAAGUUGGGGCAACGAGGUUAGAGAUAUGCAGCGACUCGCAGAUCGUCACCUCCCAAGUGAACGGGAGCUACCAAGCUAGGGACCCCAUACUGCAGAAAUACCUGGAAAAAGUCAAGGACUUGAGCCGGAAGUUUGAAGAAGUCACGAUCCAGCACGUUCCGAGAGAACAGAACACACGGGCAGAUCUCCUGUCGAAGUUGGCCAGCACCAAACCAGGAGAGGGCAACCGAUCUCUCAUCCAGGGGAAGAUGAAAGAGCCGGCGGUCGCACUACACCUCACAAAGCUAAACCCCUCCUGGCUGGACCCCAUCACCGACUUCUUAGAAAACGGCAAGCUCCCCGACAGCGAAAAAGACGCCAAGAAGCUAAGAAGGGAAGCUGCCAGAUAUGCCAUCAUCCAGGGUCAGCUGUUCAGAAAAGGGUUCAACCACCCCCUGCUGAAGUGUUUACACCCCGACCAGACGGAUUACGUCCUUAGGGAAGUCCAUGAGGGGUGUUGCGGCCACCACAUAGGAGGCAAGGCCCUAGCGAGGAAGUUAAUCCGAGCCGGAUACUAUUGGCCAUCAAUGAUGACCGACUCCAUGGAAUUUGUCAGGAAGUGCGUCAAGUGCCAAGAAAAUGCCAACUUCCAUCGUGCGCCGGCCUCUGAACUCAGCUUGCUAACGUCCUCCCGACCGUUCUCCCAAUGGGGAGUCGACCUCUUAGGACCCUUUUCCAGACAAGUCAUAACACGGUUCGGUAUCUCGGAAGUCAUCAUCUCGGACAAUGGGACACAGUUCACCGAGAAAAAAUUCACAGAAUUCCUCGCCGGCCUGGGCAUAAAGCAGAGAUUCUCCUCGGUGGAACACCCACAGACAAACGGCCAGGCCGAGUCCGCGAAUAAAAUCAUCCUGUUAGGGCUCAAGAAACGGUUGGACGGCAAAAAGGGCGCUUGGGCCGACGAGCUCGCCUCAGUCAUAUGGUCCUACCGAACAACAGAGCAGUCCUCCACUAAAGAAACGCCCUUUCGACUAACGUACGGGACAGAUGCAGUGAUACCAGUAGAGAUCGGGGAACCGAGCCCACGACUACUUCUGAAGGGAAUUGAGGAAACUGUCGAAAAGGACCUGAUAGAGGAGACCAGGGAAAUGGCCCACCUGGCGGAGGCGGCACUAAAACAGAGAAUGGCUUUACGUUACAACGCCAAAACGCUCAAAAGAAAGUUCGAAGAGAACGACCUCGUUUUGAGGCGUAACGACAUCGGCCCGUCCACCCCUGGGGAAGGCAAGCUGGCGGCAAACUGGGAAGGACCGUACCGAAUCAAAGAGGUAAUCGGAAGAGGAGCGUACAAGCUAGAAAGACUCAGCGGCAAAGAGGUCCCGAGGACAUGGAAUGCGGAUAACUUGAGAAGGUUUUAUUCCUAA